AUGAGAUUUGUCACUCAUGCCCAGUUCGAGGAGAUUAUCACACCCGAAGUUGUCCUUCAAGUGGUUUCCAGUUUGCAAUGCUAUGCAACUGCACAUGAGCACAUGCGAAUCGCCCAAGACAUCUACUAUGGCACCGAAGAUGGACGUUGCCCGCCUUGCCGCCGGCUUCUUGCUUCCAUCAUUGGGACAGGUCAAGAUGCGGUGAACAGGAUCAAAACUCUGAUGCAAGAAGGCAUGAGUGAUGUAUGCCUUCCUCUUCUUGUUGAAGGAGAAGACACACUGGCUUUACCCUUCAUCACAUGGAAAGAUGGGGGAAAGCACUACCACUAUGUGUUGAGGGGCGGUGGUCCUCUUCCUAUGAAGGGGCCGCUUCCGAUGGAGAAGAACCACAAGAUGAAUGAAGAAGGGGACUUUGGGGAGGUUUUCAAAGUCCAGAUUAACCCCGGUGAUAGGAACUUUGAUCCGGAGACUCAAGAACAUGGUGACUCCAACGCGUCUUCUCGAGCGAAUGAGUUUGACCUGGAAAUUAGAUCUUUGAUUUUUGCAGAGAGUCGUGCCCAAACGGUACUGGGUGCCAACGACAAUGGCCAAACAAAAAGGCAUUCGAUCCAGCCCCUGGCAACAUUUGAGGUGUACGACACGUACGAUCCGGAGUUGACAUUUUACUUUCUAUUCCCUCUGGCAGAUGGCAACCAUUUCAUACCAAGCUCCCGAAUUCGGCAAGGAGGACAUGAUGUCUACGGCUUCGAGACUGAUACCUUUUACAAUGUGUCCCAAACCAGAGACGCCGUCUGGCUAAAGAAAGGCGUCAAAGACUGGAUCAGGAGACUGGAAGAUCAUGAAGACUGCGUCAAAAUUGUCUACGAUCUGCUCAAGAUCAUCGAGAGUGACAUGCUCGAGGUCGACCACCGGAAAAGACUCGGCUCAGAAAAGUUGGUAAUCAAGUUGGAGAAGGUUGGGACUAAAUGGAAACGUAAGCACUCUCUUUAUGGUGAGCGGCACUGGAAGGCAAACGUAUUUGGAUUGGAUACGCCCAAGGAGCAGAAUUCCGGUGCCAUAGCACUUGUUUACUCUCAAGAUCUCCUUUGGAAACCAAGGACUAGGGUGGAUGACCAGGAAAUGGCCCACCCACGGAUAUGGACCACCACCCCCACACCAGCCACACAACCUUAA